ACUCUCCUGGAGCGAAUAAGGAUCCGGAUCCGAAACCCGAACAUGCCACACGGGUGGAUCAAAUCAUUACAAUGCAAAUCAAAAGCUUUCGAUGAUGUCAGCAAACCAUUAUUGUCGAGUUACAGUUGUAGAAAGAGCUCACAUUUCGUCAAAGACGUGAUCGACACACGAAUGUGUAAGAAAAACCCGAAACCCGACCCGAAUUUAAGGCGCUUGAAGUCUUGUCGAACCGAAUCGGAGCUUAACCCGCCUACCCGGACCCGACGGAGCAAGUCUGCCCGAAAAUCCGACGCGCUGACCGAGCUGCCCGGUGGCCAUCCGUCAAGGAACGUAGUGGAGAUUAUAUUCCAGUCUAGCUGGAGCUCCGAUGGAUUUCCGGGUCGGAUCGAGAUGAUUUUCAAAGUUGAAAACGGGUCAAGGACUGUGACCCGUUUCGAGGAGUACAGAGAGGUCGUCAAGUCACGUGCGGGUGUAAACGUGGAACGCGUCGGCACGUGCGAAGAAGACGCACGGUGCUUGGCCGACGGUAACGAGAUGAUGAGGUUUUAUCCACUCCCGGACGGGAUCAACGACGGCGCGUGGGUUUUCUCCGGCGGGAAAGGGCAGGCUGUGUGUACGUUUUCGUGUAGCGGUGAAGCGCAUGCGAGCGGCGGAGGAGGCGGAGGAAGGAGGGCGAUGAUGAUUUGUCGGGUGAUUGCUGGUCGGGUUGCUAGUAGAGUCGGGUUCGGGUCGGACUCAGUAACGGGUCGUGACGGCGAGUUGUAUGUCUUUGAUACACGUGCGGUUUUGCCUUGUUUUCUAAUCAUUUUCAGAUUGUAAAAUAAUUUCGGAUUAUAUUCGGACUUAAAUAUAUUUUUCAU